AGUCCUAUAAAUCUUGCUAUCAAACAAUUUAUGAAAAAUAAAAUUUACCCAACUGAAGAUGAAUUAAUGGAUGUGUCUAGAGAUGCACUAAAAACACAUGAUUCUGAACGUUUGAAAAAUGAAAAAUGGAUGCCUUUAUGGCUUGAAAAAGCACAUGGUCAAGCAAGGAAAUUAAGAGGACAAUAUUCUUCUCUAAUAAAAGAUAGCCUAUUUAAAGUUUUUAAGGAAUGUGGUAUAACACCAGUAAAUACCAAUACAUCUAUGAAGGAUGUGGAUACUUGGAAAAAGUCAGACAUAGUAAGAUGGUGCUAUCAGAAUAUUGAUAGUAAGAAAACUGAAUGUGAUGUAACAGAUAAUGAAACUUAUUUUGAAAUGAUUUUAAGAAUAGUCUGGAAAAAGCAAGAAGUUACUAGUGAAAAAAUUGCAUAUACACGUGCAGUAUGUAUUUGUGUUUUAGAUGAACAUCAUGAUGGUGUAAAAGCAGAUGAUAAAUUUGUCAGAGAAAAAAUGUAUGAAACACUGUAUCCCAAUGAAAAUGAUACUGAUAUUGAACAAGAAUCACAAAGUUCAA